GCCGGGACUUGAGGUUAAUCUGAGCUUUCGUCGCUUUGCCCACAGGGCUGCAGCCAGGCCUGGCGGCUGACCCUCGGCGCACACCGCGCCGCGCUUCUCGGGGAGAAUGGCGUCCGUGGGCAGCCUGCCCCGCCUGCUGCGCCAGUGUGUGCUGACGGGCCGCUGCCUGUGUGCAUCCUCCUGGCGGGCCGCCAGCAGCCGAGCCUCGCUCACACGCCUGCACCGGCAGAACUACGCACGCCUCUACCCUGUGCUCCUGGUCAGGCAGGACGGAUCCACCAUCCACAUCCGCUACCGAGAGCCGCGAAGGAUGCUAGCGAUGCCUGUGGACCUGGACAGCCUGUCCCCAGAAGAGCGGCGGGCGAGGUUCCGGAAACGCGAGGCCCAGCUGCGAGUGAAGGAGGAGGAGCCGGUGCUGGGUGAUGACUUUGACGCGGAGCGGUACAAGCGGUUUUGGACCAAGAAGUGAUGGCCUGCAGGCCUCCGGGGCCCAGGGGGGGGGCAUGGAAGUGGAGGGGUCUUAAAGCUCACCUUCUCAAACCUG